CUGUGUAACAAUAUAAUUAGAUAGUGUGUUAAUAUCUGCAGCUACAUAAGUUGUAAAAUACACAUUGGAUAUUCGUUUAAUUAUGAACUUUUCCCCUAUGUACUGGAUGCGAUAUCUUCGCUAAUGAUUGGCCAUGUCACCACGUCGAACCAUGAAGAACAGUCGUGGCAUCCAGAAGAUUGGGUUACAGAUAUGUUUACUCGGUGUCGUCAUCAUGCUUAUCAACUAUCAUAUUUUCUACAACAGUGAAGCUGGGAAGCAAAAAUGUAAAUGUGAUGAGAAAGAGACUUGGGCGAGGAACAAGGUGUCCGGGAUGUCUCCAACUUCUGUCCCUGGUUUCAAUUCCGUAUCGGAGCUGACAAUGAAGCUAGGCUUGCAUGUUAAUUUAACGCGGUGGAGCACUUCUUCUGGAUUACCGUUAUAUGGACGUCAUCGACAAAGAAAAAGUAUGCUGACAUUGGGGAUACCUUCAGUAAGACGCCCGAACGGCAGAAACUACAUCAUGGGAACCAUCAAAUCUAUAAUAGACAAUACAAAUGACCAGGAGAAGUCCAGGAUAACAGUUGUCAUAUUUGUAGCCGAUUUCAACGAAACAUGGAACCUUGAAAUGGCUAAUAAACUUUAUACAAACUUUAAAGAUUAUUUUGAUGAAGGAAUGCUGCAAGUUGUUACCGCUCCCAUGUCUAUCUACCCAGAUUUCAAAAUCCAAACAGUUAAAGGAGAACACCAGGACAAUGCACGGCGGACACUUUGGAGGUCUAAACAGAACCUCGAUUUCGCUUUUGUGAUGUUGUAUUCUAAAAACAUAUCCGAAUACUACAUACAGCUAGAGGACGAUGUUGUGUGCGCCCAGCAUUUUGUGAAUGAUAUAGAACAAUUUGUGAAUCAGACAAAACGGUUUUGGAUUUGUUUAGAAUUUACAGAGUUAGGAUUUAUUGGAAAAUUGUUUCGGUCGGUUCACAUUGAAAGAUUAGCACACACCUUAUUAGCUUAUUACGACUCUAAACCUUGUGAUCUUCUUCUAGGUCACGUGUUCCGGAUUUUGGGACAGAAAGCACCAAUCCAUUCGUCGCCAUCUUUAUUCCAGCAUAUGGGGAAAUGGUCAUCGCUACAAAACAAAAUGAUGCCAUCUAUUGAUAAAAAAUUCAAAGGAUUCGGUGAUAAAGCUUUGUCUAUAAUAGAGGUGCCAAAGGGAGAUAAUCCAAAGGCGUCUCUGGUUACAAACAUGAAUUGGGCACAAGGGUUCGGACCGGGACAUGCCUAUAAUCAUUCGUCCUCGUAUUUCUGGGCCACAGACCCACACAGAAGAAGCUUUUUUGAAAUUAUUUAUAGAUGGCCCAUAACUAUAACAAAAAUAAUCAUUUCAACAGGAGAUGUCAGAAAUAGAAAGGACUCACUUGUUGCUGGAAGUUUAAGAGUAAGUGAUGAUGAACCGUGCAAUGCGAAAGGCACACUCCUAGGAAGCUUUGUGGGUGGGGAAUUUGAUUCUGAAAUUCUUGGCAGUAAAAUUCCACCCGGUAUCAAAUGCAUAGCUAUAGUAAUAAAUAACAGCCAAACCGGUUGGUUGAUUAUACGUGAUAUAGCGGUUUUUGUUAAAUAAUGAACGCUAGUAAUGUACAUGUAAUCAUAAAUGUAUUGUCAUGCUUUGAAGUAAUUAGAAUUAUUAUACUUUCAUAUGUAUGUGCCUUCGGACAAAAAAAGUUAAAUCUGUUUUUUUCAUGCCUCGAUAAUCAUUUAAAAACUAUUUUAGAUGCUUAUUAUUAUUUCAAAUGAAACGAAAUGAAAUAGCAUGUCGUUUUAAAAUAACACUCAUUUGUGAGAUAUAACGUGACCAUACAGAACAAGUACCUCACACACUGAGUACUUGGUAUAAAGUAAAAAUUGUAAAUAUUAAAAUUAUCGUAGGAAUAUACUCAUAUUUCAAGAGUGUAGAGUUCACUUCAGUUGCAUUCUACGUGUGCUAGAUUUUAUAGGCCUUUUCAAUGGUUAGAGGACUUUCAACAACAUUGAUUUACGGCUGUUUUUUUAGAUGUCUUACGUGGUUGAAAAUUGGAGUUCGAGAUGAUCAUUUUGACACCAAGUGUCACCUUUUCUAUAUUGAGGUUCUUCUGUAUAAUUUCAGCACCUCAUUGUUUUGAGACAAGUCCCAUAUUUCUUGCUCGUGUCUGUGCUGUUUGUGAUAUUUGCUCUCCUGUAUCUUUAAUUAAUGUUGUUUCGGUAGUACGUGUAUGUCAGUGCUGUGGGUUUUUUGUGUUUUUUUUUACAAUUAACCAUAGUGAUUUCACUUAGAACAAUUCUAUCGACCAACGACGUUGAAAUUGCUCAUUGUUGGUGCAAUAAAAUGACGAUCGCCUUACAUAUACAUGGUACAUUUUUUUGUAUUGUUAAUAUAUUACAACAGGAAUUUAAACUGUUCAUUUGUUUUCUUUGUAACAAAAAUAAAACAAAACGGAGAUCUAUGCAAGACAAAUUAUAUACCGGCUAAAAUAGAAAUAAAAUAUUCUU